ACAAUUUUGUCAUUUGUUUGACCAUAACCUAAAAACCUCACUUGAUGCUAAACUUUGCGUCUUCCUGCCGAUAAUUCCAUAAAAAUUUAUAACAGGAGUUUCAGUAUAGUAAAUUUUUCGUAAACAUUGUAAACAUGUCCGCCAAACCAUCAGUUAUUUCAGUUACGAGUGCCGAUGAGUAUAAUAAACUAGUCAAUGCCGAAAAGACUACAGUGGUGCUCUUCACAGCCGAUUGGGCUGAACAGUGUAAACAUGUACUUGAAGCGCUUGAAGAGUUGGCUAAGAUAUUGAACGACAAAUUGCAGUUUGUCAGUAUAAUUGCUGAGAAUUUUCCGGAGAUAUCGAUGAAACACCAGAUUGAAGCUGUGCCCACCAUUAUCUUCUUUACUAAAGGUACGGCAGUGGACCGCGUAGAUGGUGUUAAUGUAGCUGAAAUCACUGCCAAGUGUAAAAAGCUUGGUGGCUCGGUAGGCGGCGAAUCAUUGGAAGAUCGUUUAAAGGCGCUUAUUAACAAAGCCGAUCUGAUGAUAUUCAUGAAAGGUGACCGUACUGCUCCACGUUGUGGUUUCUCGCGUCAAUUAAUCGAGAUUGUAAAUGCAACAAAAGUACCCUAUGAGACAUUCGAUAUAUUAAAUGACGAAGAAGUCCGACAAGGUCUAAAAACGUAUUCAGAUUGGCCAACGUAUCCGCAGGUGUACGUUAAAGGCGAGCUAAUUGGUGGAUUGGAUAUAAUCAAAGAGCUGAAAGCAAAUAACGAACUGGAAACUGCGUUGACGGGUUAACGUAUGAUUCAGUAACAUUCUUACAUAGAACAUUUUAUUUAUUGCGCAAAUAAAAUUGACAACUGGCUUUGUAACACAAUACAAAA